UGGGUUCGCGAUUUCUCCCGGUUUUGGAGCAGCUGACAUCAGAGAUGUCAUAAUACACUGUAACAAGGUGUUGACUUAAGCAUGACCACCUCCAGGGAACCUUUAUCUGGGUCGUAUCGCUCGCUCCUCCACUACGGGCUAUGCGUUAUCUAUGCACGGGGAAUUAUCGGCCUCUCGAGCUGCCGGGAGAUAAAGUUCUGCCUAACACAGAGACAAUGAAAUCCCACGGUUGACAUCAGCCACGGAAUAUACAAGGUGCGCUUCUGAACAGCUUCUGCGUCGCGGAUUAAGCCAGAAGACAAUCGUGGGAAGGACAAUCAAAACAUGGCUCCCGGUGGCUUCCAGCGGUUUAUGUCGAACCGUAUUUGCCUAGUGAUUGCACUGACUGUCGUCUUACUCGUGGGAUUCCUGUUCAGUUCUCGCGCCGCUUCAUACGGAGCCAUGGUCUUCAGCAAGACUCCUAUAGGAACGGACUUGUUCAUUGUAAGAAGCGUGAGGGCCGACGCACAUGCUGCAGCUGGUCGUGGUGUAUUGAAUGCCACGAACACUAGCGCUGUCAUUGUAAGUAGUAUGGCAACAGGCACAAGUAACAGCUCUGCGAUACGAGUGCAUCUGGCCACGUCACAGGAUGCAAGCUCCAAUGCAGUGAAAGACUGUCCUCUGGUUCCUCCAAAUCUAGUGACUCGUAUGAAAGUGAUCACAAAUCCACCUCCUAUAGAAGAACAGGAAAAAAUCUUCACUGACCUCAUGCCUGGUGGAAGAUACACACCGAAAGAGUGUCGGUCAAGGCAUCGAGUAGCCAUUAUCAUACCAUACAGAAAUCGCAGUGAACACCUGGUGGUGUUUCUCAACUACAUGCACUACAUGCUGAAGAGGCAACAGCUCGACUACGGCAUCUACAUCGUAGAGCAGGCAGGGAGCGACCCAUUCAACCGGGGCAAGCUACUAAACGUCGGUUUCCUGAUCGCCUCGAGAUUGUACGACUUUCAGUGUUUCAUCUUCCACGAUGUGGACAUGAUCCCCGAGGACGACCGCAAUCUUUACACGUGUUCGGAUCAGCCAAGACACAUGACGGUGGCCGUCAGUAAGUUUGAUUACAAGCUUCCCUACCAGGGAUAUUUCGGGGGCGGCUGCGCACUUAGCAAGAGUCAGGUGGAGACGAUAAAUGGCUUCUCGAACGAAUAUUGGGGAUGGGGUGCUGAAGACGACGACCUGGCUUACAGGGUCCGCUAUCAUAAAUACAAGAUCACAAGGUACUCAAGCGAUAUUGCAAGGUACACCACACUAUCGCAUAAACAGGCGGAGCCCAGUCCCGCGAGAAUGAAGCUUUUGAAUGAGAGAACCAAACGUUUCAAGACUGACGGUAUUAACAGCACGAAGUACACAAUUGUAGACCUCGUGUUCAAAAAACUUUACACGUGGAUCUACGUGGACUUGCUGUACAAGAAACCGGAGGCAUCUUAAAAAGGUUCACUCGUGGAAAUCUCCUCCCAAUUAUUGGUUAUCUAUUCACUUGCUUUUCAAUGCUUUACAUCUUGUGAAUAUAUAAUAAUAAUUCGGAGUAGAUUUGUGCUUCCUACACCUGCGUGGCUGCAUGCUGCACGUGGCGCGAGGUGUUGGACUGCAGAUAAUCUCGAUCGCCUGGGGUACUCGGAAAUCUCCGACACGCGGUGGGCGCUGGAAGCAGUCUUUACCUCCCCCCCCCCCCCCCCCACACACACAUUGCUACCGACCUCGGCCGGUGAAAAGUGAGUGAUCUCAUUGUGUGAGUGAUUGAUGCAAAGCCGUCGAAGCAUGCAAGAUGUACAUGUUCAGUGAUCUUCGUUCCUGACAGCAGGCAUACCGACCACGGAGGACAAUUUUGGAUCACUUAAUUUAGUUUGUCGUCGUUGAAGUACCCCGCAGGUACUUCAUUCAUGUCCAAGUACCAUGUAGUGUCCAUCCAUUUGCCUCGUGCGUCGGCUGACGUGAUCUUCUCGCGUUUCUUUUGGAUCGAUCCCAAAUGGGCUAUACCAGGCCGUUCCCGCGUAUUUGAGAAAGAAGUCGACAUGGGAUCGGAACUCUGAUCUACAAGACGCAAUACAUCAGCGAAUAAUAUCAUCCAAGGACAAUAUUUCGAUGGAACUACUACAACGCUGAACUUGCAGAUCACAGAAAUCUUAUCCGUAUACACAAGUGCUCUGUGCUCACUCCUAGCGGACGCGCCCCGAAUACGCUUUCGGACCAUCCAGAAACUUUUCAUCACCAGGCAUAUAUGUGACCUUUCAGAUUCUUUGCAGCUGAGAGACAGUCACAAUCUCUGUCAUCUCAUAGGUUCCCUGCUGUCACGUUGGGUGCAAGAAGACCGUCCGAGAUUCGAGGAGCUUCUCGUUGCACGAGUGAGCACUCUGAACACCUGGGUUGUCAGUUUGAAGCAUAUUACUGUGGUGGCAUUCGAAAUGUGGAAGCGACUGACAGACAUGUGAUGCUCUGUAUAAGUGUUUUUUUUUCGCGUGGAAAAUAUUUUUGUGUUUUGAUAGGCCACUGGCGCAAAAAGUAUUUCGCGGGCAUUUAAUUUCGCGAUCCCGUCAGAUCAAUUGCGAUCCCGUGAACGGCAUGCAAUCUAUUAUGGUACAAAGUGGGAAGAAGACUCUCCUACGUCGAACGCUACUCUCUCCACAAGGACACUAGCCAAAUAGCCUCGACCUCUAAGCAGCCUCGGACGGUUACCCUUCUGGUUCCCGUUGUGAGGCCAUACGUUCUGCUUUGCUUCGUGUACUGCGCUGGUACGCGAGCACCGUCCAAAGCCCGAUGAAGAGUUCAGGCGCGUCCCCCACAAAGCUGGACUUGCGAGCUAGUAUCCUGAAGCCGCUGUAAGGUUCGUGGCUCAUGGAAGUGUACACUUCGCUCAAGCAGCGCCCAGCUCUCAUGCGAUCUGGAUUUGAAGAAGUUUGAAUAUAUCCCCAUAGUAUGCAGGUCUGCACAAUAAUUUGUCAGUGUGAUUUAACGUGCCCCCCCAUACAAACUACAUGAUCCUGUAAUAAAUAGGUACUUAUCCACUACC